UCUAUUUGGGCGGCAAUUGUAGCAACCAUUACCAUUACAAUUACCAAUUUAGCAAUUUUGACGCCACGCCCCCCCUCUGUCUCUCAAUCUCUCUUUCUUUCACACUUCUCUUCAAAUUUAAUCCGCGGCUCAUAUUUUUGGACCCAAACUAACUAAUUAGCUUACAAUUUCCAUUACUAUAUACCAAAAUAAUAUUCCAUUUCCCUCUUCAUUUUAUUCUCACCUCUCUGGAAGAACAACAAAAAAAACCAAAAAAAGUUGAAAAUUCUUUAAUUUCUUCAUCAAAUUUUUUUUAUUAUAUCUUCAAAAAAUUUAAUAUAUUUCUAAUUCUAUUCUCAUUUAGUUUUCCCCAAAUUGAUAAUAGAAAGUAACCUUGGUUGAUCAGACUAUAGUAUUUUUUCUGGUGGAAGAAAAAGGAAGAUGGUUCAGAUAAAGGAAUUUCGAAUUGUCAUGCCUAUGUCACUUGCUGAGUACGAGGUUGCACAGAUGUAUAUGGUUCUAAAAAUGCAACAGGAAAAUACAACAAAUAUCGAAGGAGUUGAUGUUCUGGAGAAUAGACCUUUUGAGGACAAUGUAUUUGGAAAGGGCCAUUACACAUCAAAAGUAUAUAGUUUUCAGAGCAAAAUCCCCUCUUGGCUUACAACAUUCGCGUCAGCAGAUUCUCUUCUACUGAAAGAGGAAGCAUGGAAUGCAUAUCCAAAAUGCAAAUCAGUGUUCACGCUUGAGCAAGCUGCUUCUUUCUAUAGAUACUAUUCACGUGGCGGAUAAUGGAAAAUCAGAAAAUGUGCACGGUCUAAAUAAAGAACAAUUAGCAUCGAGGCAGGUGGAAGUUAUCGAUAUUGCAUCAUCUGUAAGAGACUAUUGGAGCUAUUUGGUUGGUAGUUGCAAUGUGGAUUUGUCUACGUUCAGAUCAGCAAGGACCAACCGAGGACCGUUGACGGAAGGCUGGAGAGAUCGAUGCAACCCUGUUAUGACUGCAUAUAAACUAGUAACGGUUGAUGCUCCAUACUGGGGCUUUGGUAAACGAUUGGAGCAAGUGCUGAUGGCGGGUGAGAGGUCGCUUUUCCUUGAAACGCACAGCAACAUUUUUGCCUGGAUUGAUGAAUGGCAUGGUACGAGCAUUGAAAAGCUGCGGGAGCUUGAGGAGCAGCUCUAUUCAUCAUCCAAUGAGGGCAGUAUGAUACCAAUGCAACUAAAUGAUAAGGAUGGUUACGAUCGAAAAUGUUUGUUGGAGGGUAAAGGCUCAAAGUCUCAGCUAAAGUCCGAGGACCAUAAUUUUGGUGUUGCAAUGUCUGAUUAAUGGUAUAGUUUGCUGACUAUAAAUUAAUUGUAGGUAGUGUAUUAGAUUUGUUUUUGUAAGGUUGUAAUUCUCUUCCAAAAUAAGACAAUGCAGAAUUGUUGUAUUUGCUUCAAAUAAUAAUAUUCAUAUAUAUUCUACAAAUUGAAGCUA